ACACCCAAGUCCAGAUCGAGGGACUCCUGUGCUGUGGUCACUAACAUCGCUUUUCUGAAGGUGCACAAGGCCGGGAGUUCCACGGUGGCCAACAUCAUACAGCGUUUUGGAAUCCAAAGAAACCUCUCUUUCGUUGUACCCCUGAAACCAUUCCACGGGUUAAGCUACAACUACAUCGGUGGCGCUAGAGACACCAUUAGCAGGGACAACAUCAUGCCGCCACCACCACCAGGCACAGUGUACAACGUCUUGUGGAACCAUGUCGUUUACAAUCGAAGUGCCUUCAAGAACGUCAUGCCGGCACACACCAGAUACAUUUCCAUCGUCAGAUAUCCACUGGAUCAGUUCGUUUCUGCUUUUGAAUAUUAUGGCCCUGGCAAGAACCUCAUCAAUAGGUUCUAUGAAAUGGAAGAACAUCAAUCUAUUGUCGAUGCUUAUCUCAAUAAUCCUUGGGAUUUUGAAGACAAAGAUGUGGUUACGAGUCAUACACUCAAUUCUCUGGCAUACGACUUUGGUUUCACAAAAAGAAAUGAUUCAGAACAAAAGGACCCGUUCUCUCUACCUUAAACAGUUGGCUGAAGACUUCAUGUUGGUCAUGGUAAUGGAAUAUUUCGAUGAGUCCUUGGUGCUUCUGAAGCGCUACUUUUGUUGGAGCAUAAAAGAUGUU